CGCGCGCUCUCGUGGCCUCGGUGUCCCGGCGGCGCCAAGCGAAGCGCCGCGCCCGCUGCCGACAUGCUGCGCCGCGCUCUGCUCUGCCUGGCCCUGGCCGCGCUAGCGCGCGCGGGCGCCGCCGCCCCGGAGGAGGAGGACCACGUCCUGGUGCUCCACAAGGGCAACUUCGAGGAGGCGCUCGCGGCGCACAAGUACCUGCUGGUGGAGUUCUAUGCCCCCUGGUGUGGCCACUGCAAGGCUCUGGCCCCCGAGUAUGCCAAAGCUGCUGGGAAACUGAAGGCAGAAGGCUCGGAGAUCAGGCUGGCAAAGGUCGAUGCCACGGAAGAGUCUGAGCUGGCCCAGCAGUAUGGUGUCCGUGGCUACCCUACGAUCAAGUUCUUCAAGAACGGAGACACAGCUGCUCCCAGGGAGUACACAGCCCUAGGAUUUGCACAGGUGUGUGGAAAGAGGCAGCGAGCUCAGAGGAGAAUGGCGGGGAGGCUGGGCCCUGGUUUUCAGUGGAACCGCAUGUGUUUGGGCACAGCCGGCAGAGAGGCCGAGGACAUCGUGAACUGGCUGAAGAAGCGCACGGGCCCUGCUGCCACCACGCUGCCCGACGGGGCCGCUGCAGAGGCCUUGCUGGAGUCCAGCGAGGUGACCGUCAUUGGCUUCUUCAAGAACGUGGAGUCGGACUUUGCCAAGCAGUUCCUGCUGGCGGCAGAAGCCAUCGAUGACAUACCUUUUGGGAUCACAUCCAACAGUGAUGUGUUCUCCAAAUACCAGCUGGACAAGGACGGGGUUGUGCUCUUCAAGAAGUUUGAUGAAGGCCGCAACAACUUUGAGGGGGACGUCACCAAAGAGAAGCUGCUGGACUUCAUCAAGCACAACCAGCUGCCGCUGGUCAUCGAGUUCACAGAGCAGACAGCCCCGAAGAUCUUCGGAGGUGAAAUCAAGACCCACAUUCUGCUGUUCCUGCCCAAGAGUGUGUCUGACUACGACAGUAAGCUGAGCAACUUCAAGAAGGCCGCCGAGCGCUUCAAGGGGAAGAUCCUGUUCAUCUUUAUCGACAGCGACCACACUGACAACCAGCGCAUCCUCGAGUUCUUCGGCCUCAAGAAGGAGGAGUGCCCCGCCGUGCGCCUCAUCACCCUGGAGGAGGAGAUGACCAAGUACAAGCCGGAGUCGGACGAGCUGACGGCAGAGAGGAUCGAGGAGUUCUGCCACCGCUUCCUGGAGGGCAAGAUCAAGCCCCACCUCAUGAGCCAGGAGCUGCCUGAAGACUGGGACAAGCAGCCUGUCAAGGUGCUGGUCGGGAAAAACUUUGAAGAAGUUGCCUUUGACGAGAAAAAGAAUGUCUUUGUGGAAUUCUAUGCCCCAUGGUGUGGGCACUGCAAACAGCUGGCUCCCAUUUGGGAUAAGUUGGGAGAGACGUACAAGGACCAUGAAAACAUCCUCAUCGCCAAGAUGGACUCGACGGCUAACGAGGUGGAGGCCGUGAAAGUGCACAGCUUCCCCACGCUGAAGUUCUUCCCCGCGAGCACGGACAGGACGGUCAUUGAUUACAACGGGGAGCGGACACUCGACGGUUUUAAGAAGUUCUUGGAGAGCGGUGGUCAGGACGGCGCCGGGGACGAUGACGAUCUGGAAGAUCUGGAAGAAGCAGAAGAGCCUGACCUGGAGGAGGAGGAGGAUCAGAAAGCUGUGAGAGAUGAGCUGUGACCUGGGUGCCCCAGACGCAACAGCCCCGUGGGCGGCGUGCCCCAGCAGCGUGGCCUCCAGGAGCCCAGGGACCCUCACGGGCAGGAGGGAACACCGACCGGAAAUGCAGGGAAUUUUUCUGAAGCAACACUUCAUCCUAACACGUGUAAAUUUAGACCCAUCUCUUACUUCUGCUUUUCAAUUUUUGGAAAGGGAUUUCUCUCCAGGCCAGCUCACCUUGGGGGGCCGAUUUUUUUUUUAAAUUGUGAUGUACUUUUUCGUACACGGUUUUGUCCAAAGCGCUCGUUAAAAUGUCUUGGAAUCUCAUGCAGGUGAAGUCUCCUUCCUGUUAGGUUUAUACUAUCACUUUAAAAAAUUCCAUCUGUGGGAUUUUGAGACAUUUUUGGACGUCAGGGUCUCCCUGGAGACUCCUGUCCCCUGCGUGGGGCGGGGCCAGGCCAGGCUGGACGGGUCCCUCUCACCUCAUGCCGGUGUCGCCGUGACGGAGCGUGGGUCUCACGUUGUUGGCCUAAACGGAGACACGGGGUCUCCGUCGCAGGGGGCCUUGUACGACUGCAGGGGGUGGUGGGUGCCGGCUGAGCCCAGGACAGACCCGGGCAGCUCCCCUGCCUCCCGAGCCAGGCUCCCCGGUGCUCUGUGACUUCCAGCGCCCCUGAGGCCUGCAGCAGGCAGAACCAGAACCCUCCAUUUCCAGGCUGGGAAACGGCCAAGGGUGCUUGAGCCGAACCACGUGUGGGCUGUUCUUCAGCCAUUUCUACCACGAUAUUGGAAUUGAACACAUUGGCCAAAUAAAGUUGAAAUUUUACUACC